AUGAGGCCGGUCGUCCCUGACGGGCUACCGUCUCACUCCCGUAAACCGUCUGUCGUCGAGGCUGUUCCGCCCUGGUCCGAUCUCCGCAGCGCAGCGCCCACGACCUUCUUCCUCUCCCGGGACGAUGGCCGUCAGGAUAGCUCCCCCACCGAUCCAGAGGCCGCCCGAGACAGCAUGUACGGCGUCCAGAGCUUAGAGGAGACCAUCAACAGUCUCUCUGCCCCCGAAUCCAUAUUCCCACCCGAAGAAGAUGCCGUUCAAGACUCCCAGGACAACGACGACGACAACAACCCUCCAACGAUCACACGGAGAUCCACCCUGAAACCGUUCGACUUCCACGACGACCACCGCACCGAAGCAUCGUCGCGGCCCGUCACUCCCUUGAAUCUGGGGUCUCUCGAGGACCCUUCCUCGCUACCCAGCAGUCCCAAAUCCACAUCCAACCAGUCCCUCAAGCCGCUCGACGACAUCUCGAUCACCGAUGAGAUCAGCAGCCAGGCCCUCGCGUCCGGCGACGAAGAGGAGCCUGUCGAAACGCAACAGCCACCGGACAGUGCCUCCCAAUUGAUCAUGCCCAGCAUCAAGAUGCCCAGUCGUCGGCCUUUUACAGACAGAGGGAAGACCAUGGGUCGCCUCAAGGUCCUCGUCGCCGGUGCAGCGGGCUCAGGCAAAACCUCGCUGAUCAAAUCCAUCUUCCAAGCCUGUGAAGAUAUCGUCCACGUUGAUCCACUUCCGGCCCCGCUACCUCCGCAAUCUAAUCGCUCUGGCCGGUCCCGCUCCAGGAACCGGUCCAAACGGACAAAGUCAAGUCCAACCAUUGCAGAAAUAUACGCCAGCACGAAGCCAUAUCCCUCAUGGUGGUCCGACCUGGAGGACUCCCGUGUCCUCCGCAGGCGGAAGAGCAUGGGCGACAUCGUGCUCGAACGCAACCUCUGUUUCGUCGAUAGCCCCGGGACUGGCCUUUCACGGGCCGCACAGACCGACUUGGUCAUUCAAUACAUGCACCAGCAGCUGAUGCGGGCCAUGGCUGCUUUUGAUAGCAUCAAUGCCGAUCUACAGGGUAUGCUAGGAGGGAACGGAGGUUCUCAAGUAGACGCCGUCUUGUAUCUCAUUUCCGAAGACACACUGUCGACCGAUGUAGAGUGUAUCCGGAGGCUCUCCGAAUUCAGCAACGUCAUUCCCGUUAUCUCCAAGGCCGACCUGCUGACUCCCUCUCAAGUGACAUCGAUCAAGCAAUCGUUCCACACCCAGGCACAGAACGCUGGAAUCAAGACCUUCCUCUUUGGAGAUCUACCGCCGGGGUAUUACGACAGUCCCCAGUCUCCAUUUGUUGUGUCCUCGGCCCUGUCAACCGACGACGACAACAUGGACGCGAGUGUGUUGAUGAGCCCGGAUUACGAGCAACCGCUGGCUCCAUCAGAGCUCGGAAUCCUAAUAGAGAAAAUGUUCGAUCCCGAGAAUUUGUCCUGGCUACGACACUCUUCAGCCAAGAAACUCGCACAGCAUCGUGCUAUUCCUCAGAAACCUCCGUCUGCACCGAAUGCUUCCCUAUCUCGAUUGAACGCUUCUGGAUAUUCAUCGCCAGCUACUUCUUCUGUACCAAAGGUUCUGGUCUCAUACCCUGGAGAUGGCUCGUCUAGUUAUACCCUGGCGCGUGUCUCUGACUACACGCAGCGCGAGGAAAGGAUGGCCCAAGUACGGUUGGCCAAGUGGGCUGCAGACCUGCAGCGCAGUUUACAAAAUGAGCGCGAGAGAUAUGCCGCUCUGGCAAGAGGAGAGCGGGCUGUCUGGCUAACGGAGCGACUCAAUGAGUGUGUCAUUGACGGCACGCUCGUCCCGAUCACCCAGACCCCGGGUUUCUCUGGGUUGGGGCGAACGGCAGAAAGGGCUGGCAGCCACCAUCUCGUGCGAACAGGAAGUGGAGGAAAGGCAGAGUAUUGUGUCACCGAUCUCAGUCCGCACGAUCCUUUCGGCCUGAUGCUGUGGAACGACGAUCUCAGACGAAAAGGAUGGGUUGCCAUCCAAGUUGUAGGCAGCUUUGGUGUCGUAGGGGGCUUAGCCCUAUGGCUCUCGAAGAGCUGGGGCGUAUCAUCGCAGAGUCUAUCGGACUGGCGUUUCAACUGGUUUGGCAGUGAUUAG